CUCAACCCAGAGAUCGCGAGACAGAGCAGGCCUCGCGAGAUCUGGCCUCUCGCCCCUGACAGGCGGGCGUUCUUUCCGGGCGCUAUGGAAGGGCUCUGGUGUUCGGGAUGGAGGCGGGUCGCUUUGUGUGGCUGGCGCUGGCGGCACCUGGGGUCCCCGGCCAGGCCUGCGGAGAGGGUAGAGCCGUGCCUCAGGCCGCGAGGCAGCGGGACGGGCGGUGCUGAGAGCGGUCUGAGGCGGCUCGGGACGUGGAGGCGCCCGAGCCCGGCCGUGCAGCCGCCGCGGCGGCCGAAGAGCACGAACCCCUUCACUCGCUCGCAGGAGGAGGACUGGCGGCGGCGGAACAGGACAGUUCUCACGUACGUGGCCGCGGCCGCCGUGGGCAUGCUGGGGGCGUCCUACGCCGCCGUGCCCCUUUAUCGGCUCUACUGCCAGACUACUGGACUUGGAGGGUCAGCAGUAGCAGGUCAUGCAUCAGACCAGAUUGAACACAUGGUACCUGUUAAGGAUCGCAUCAUUAAAGUCACCUUUAAUGCAGAUGUGCACGCAAGUCUCCAGUGGAACUUCAGACCUCAGCAAACAGAAAUAUACGUAGUGCCAGGAGAGACUGCACUGGCGUUUUAUAAAGCUAAGAAUCCUACUGACAAACCAGUAAUCGGAAUUUCUACAUACAAUAUUGUACCAUUUGAAGCUGGACAGUAUUUCAAUAAAAUACAGUGCUUCUGCUUUGAAGAACAAAGGCUCAAUCCACAAGAGGAAGUAGAUAUGCCAGUGUUUUUCUACAUUGAUCCUGAAUUUGCUGAAGAUCCAAGAAUGGUGAAUGUUGAUCUCAUCACUCUUUCUUAUACUUUUUUUGAGGCAAAGGAGGGGCAUAAAUUGCCGGUCCCAGGCUAUAACUGAAGUCAGCAGCAAGUCCUGCUUCAAAUUUGUGAUUUUUGAAAAAUCAUGUAACUUGUCUUCUCAGGGAGAAAUAGUUACAAUAACUUGAAGCCUUCUAUUUUAAGUAUUAUGUACUGAUGGUUCUGUUUUUUUCCCCAACUAAUUUACACUACUUAGAAUGUAUUACUGUAUUAAAAGAAACUGCAUUGUUUGUCAAAUACGUUGGUGUGGACUGAUGAUUCAGCUUGAUUCACUGGUUCUCUUUCAAAUUAGUAGCACUUCAUAUUUGUAGCAAUGAAUUUUUUUUAUUUCUAAAAUAGUGGGUUACUACUUUCAUUAUGAAUAUUCACUAUUUUAAAAGCUCAAAAUGGACAAAGAUUACAUUCUGAUUUCAAAUUUCACUGUAUUUUUCCUUUAAGAUUUAGGGCUAUUUUACAUUCAGAGUACUGAAUAAUUACUUUGAAAUUUUGGUACCAUGAAAGUUAAAUAAAAUGCAUAAAUAUAUCCACUAGGCUUCUAGCAUUUCUUGUUACUACAGUUCCAAGUCCCUGAAUGUUAAAAUAUAAGUGUCGGAUUGUGAAGGUUUACUGACAUUAGAAAUUCUUCCCUGAAAAAAAAAAAAAUGUAUUAAAUUGUUUCAAUUGUAAUUUAUUUGUCACUGUAAUUUAUGACAUAACUGAAUGUUUUCCAGUAGUCUUUCUUCCAAAAAGAAAAAAAAAGAGAACAUUUAGUAUUAGGAAGAAUCAUAUUUAAAGGCAACCUGAUGUAGAGUUCAGUGACCUCUUCAGGGUACCUGAACUACAAUGAAAUCACAAUCAUCAAGGCUUUUACAGUUAUAAUUCUAAACAAGAGUAGUAUUUAUAAAGAAGUGCAAAUUGACUUUUACAUUCAACUUUAGUUAAAUGAAGGCACUCAGUGUUCUUCCUGACUUAAAUAUUGUUUCUCACAUUUUAUGCUUUCAUCUAUUAACAAUUAUUUUGUAAUAAAAUAUGUUUCUUAACUCUUAA